AAACCCACAAACUGAAAAGAGUCAGUUCUUCCUGCAAAAAUGUCAUACAACAGAGAUUCACCUCAGGGGAUUGAUUACACGAAAUAAGGGGAUUUAAAUACUGCAGGCAGCUAAUUCAGGUGUUCCUGGAGCUGGAGAAACGUUCUUUAGCUGCAGGAAUCCUUCUGGAGGAGGUUUUGUUUUGCUUGGGAGCAGCUGGCUGAGAAUGGCACCUGUGUGUGGAGUCACCUGCUGGCAGCUGGCGUGUGGCACCGAGCGUGGAUGGGGGGCAAGGUCCAGGAUGGAACAUUCCUGCUCGCUCCUGCUGCUCUGUGUUAGUUUCAUUUUUGCACGAGCUCUGCCACCCAAUGGAACAGAACUGCCCAAAACAACCACAGCCACCAACUCCACCGAGGAGAACACCUUGCACAAGGAGCUGCUGACUUCCCUGCUGAUCCUGGUGCUGGUGGUGAUCAUUUUCGUGGUGCUGGUGGGGUAUUUUUUCAGGUUCAGGAGACACAGGAAAGCUGUGGUCAACUCCGGGGACAAGAAGAUGCCAAAUGGGAUCUUGGAAGAACAAGAACAGCAGCGGGUGAUGCUGCUCAGCAGGUCUCCCUCGGGCCCCAAGAAGUAUUUCCCCAUCCCUGUGGAAAACCUGGAGGAGGAGAUCCGGAUACGCUCGGCCGACGAGGGGAAGCUCUUCAGGGAGGAGUUUAAUUCAUUAACGUCUGGAUAUGUGCAGGGAACAUUUGAAAUGGCAAAUAAGGAGGAAAACAGGGAGAAGAACAGAUAUCCCAACAUCCUGCCAUAUGAUCAUUCCAGAGUGAUUUUGACCCAAAUUGAUGGAGUCCCACCUUCAGACUACAUCAAUGCAUCAUACAUAGAUGGCUACAAAGAAAAGAACAAAUUUAUAGCAGCACAAGGACCCAAGCAGGAAACAGUCAAUGACUUCUGGAGGAUGAUCUGGGAGCAGAAAUCAGCCAUCAUUGUCAUGUUGACCAACCUGAAAGAAAGAAAGGAGGAGAAGUGUUUCCAGUACUGGCCGGACCAGGGCUGCUGGACGUACGGCAGUGUCCGUGUGUCCGUGGAGGAUUCCAUGGUGCUGGUGGAUUACACCGUCCGCAAGUUCUGCGUGCACUCGCUCCAGGAGGGAUGCAAGGCUCCAAGGCUGGUCACACAGCUCCACUUCACCAGCUGGCCGGAUUUUGGGGUGCCUUUCACGCCUAUUGGCAUGCUGAAAUUCCUGAAAAAAGUCAAGACCCUGAAUCCUGCCCAUGCUGGACCCAUUGUGGUUCACUGCAGCGCGGGCGUGGGGCGCACGGGCACCUUCAUCGUCAUCGACGCCAUCAUCGACAUGAUGCACGCCGAGCACAGGGUGGAUGUCUUUGACUUCGUCUGCAGGAUCCGCAACCAGCGGCCACAGAUGGUCCAGACUGAUAUGCAAUAUUCCUUCAUUUACCAAGCCUUACUUGAGUACUACCUCUACGGUGACACGGAGCUGGAUGUGUCAUCCCUGGAAAAACACCUCCAGACUUCCCAAAAUGCAGCCCCAAACCUGGUCAAAAUAGGGCUGGAAGAGGAAUUUAAAAAGCUGACCAACGUGCGCAUCAUGAAGGAGAACAUGAGGACCGGCAACCUCCCAGCCAACAUGAAGAAAGCCAGAGUCAUCCAGAUCAUCCCCUAUGAUUUUAACAGAGUGAUUCUGUCCAUGAAAAGAGGGCAGGAGUACACAGAUUACAUCAAUGCUUCCUUCAUAGAUGGCUACCGGCAGAAGGAUUAUUUCAUUGCCACGCAGGGCCCCCUCCCUCACACGGUGGAGGAUUUCUGGAGGAUGGUGUGGGAGUGGAAGUGCCACACCAUCGUGAUGCUCACCGAGGUGCAGGAGAGGGAGCAGGAGAAAUGCUGCCAGUACUGGCCAUCAGAGGGCUCUGUGACUCACGGAGAGAUCACGGUGGAAAUCAAGAGUGACAGCCUGAUGGAUGCCAUCAGUGUGAGGGACUUCCUGGUCACAUAUAAUCCGAGCAACCAGGAGAAGCAGAGCAGGCUGGUCAGGCAGUUCCACUUCCACGGGUGGCCGGAGAUCGGGAUUCCUGCCGAGGGGAAGGGCAUGAUCGACCUCAUCGCAGCGGUGCAGAAGCAGCAGCAGCAGACAGGGAACCACCCCAUCACUGUGCACUGCAGUGCUGGAGCAGGGAGAACGGGAACCUUCAUAGCCCUGAGCAACAUCCUGGAGCGGGUCAAGGCUGAGGGGCUGCUGGACGUGUUCCAGGCUGUGAAGAGCCUGAGGCUGCAGAGGCCACACAUGGUGCAAACACUGGAACAGUAUGAAUUCUGCUACAGAGUGGUACAAGAUUUCAUCGACAUCUUUUCAGAUUAUGCUAAUUUCAAAUGAGAAUUCUGCCUUAUUUUUUAAUUUGUCUGUAUAAAUAGUUGUAUAUUAUGUUAAUUUAUUCUUUGUCACUUGGAUUGUUGACUGAACUGUAAAUACAACGUUGUGCUGGCUCUAAAAGUUGCAUUUGCUGUAUAAAGUUGUUUCUUAAAUAUAAAUAUCUUCUAAAGUAAAGUAUAUUGUUCCUAUAUUGUAUAGCACUGUAAGAUGGGAUAGAAAUCUUUAUUCUAAAUAACAAAAAAUUAAUUUUUGUUUUUUUUUUCUUUGAAUUUUGCCACUCAUAAAUAUUUAUCAACAAAGUUCUCUCCCAAUUCUUGAAUUUUGUGACAGGUGAUUUAGAGUUCAUCCUAAAAAAAAAAGUGAAUUUGGGUGCACAUAUUUAAACAUAUUGUGUCCACCAGGAAAAUAUGUCUACCAUGAAAAUAGAUAUUUAUUUUUCUAGGCUGUUUUUAAGAAAUCCAGGUUUUUUUGGAUUUUGAGUCUUACUGUCCAUAGCAAAAAAUCAGUAGAAAUACAGAUUUGAAUUUUUGAAUGAACAGAAUCUUCAAAGCCCUGCUCUUUUUUUUUUUCAAAUAAUGUUUAAGUCGACUUAGAAAGGCAAUAAUGUGAUUUUUAGAAUAUUUUGCUUAUUUGAAAAGUAUAUUUUGCAGCACCUGAACUUGUCUACUUGAAGAGAAAGGCCAGAAAUGAAGUUUAAAGCAUCUCUUCAAUAUAAACACCUGCAUAAUUUCCCACUUCUUUAAAAUAAGAGAUGAACUCUUAUUCCUUGAUUUGACUCAGCAGGAUAAUUAAGAGGUAAAAAUUGAAAAAAACCAUUUUAUGAACAGUUUAAUGCCAGAAACAUUGAGUACUGUAGCAGAAGUUCCUCCAUGUUCUUACCCUCCCAGAAAUGUUAUCAAAAAAGGACUUUCUUAAAGAGAUUUAGAGUUGUGUACAGAGAUAUAUUUUUAUUGAAAGUACUACUGAGAAUAGAAUUGGUGACAGAUAAUAUAAUUUAUUACAGCCCUGGCCAGGGGCUGGAAAAUCCCCAAAAUCACAGGGCAUCCAAAUAUUGAAUAAUUAUGAGAAUUGAAAAUUAUUGAAAAUUUCUCUUCCAAAAGCAUCUCGGACUUAAUGAGCACAAAGGGGUGAAUCUGUAAUGAAUUAAAUAACAAAAAUGCAGCAGUUCUGGCUCGCCCAGCAGGGCUUUGGCCAUGCAGCAGCAAAGCCUCAUUUCAAACAAGCAGCUUCACCUGAGCUCUCCCUGCUGCUCUUGCACUAUUUUAUCCCAUCCCAAUGAAAUCUCCUCGCCCCCUGGAGCAAUGCAAGGGAUGGGAAGGUGUCCCUGCGUCUCCUUCCAUUCCAGCCUGGCUGGAAAAGGUUUGGGAUGGGAAUUCCUGAGCCCCCAAUCCCCACAGUGCCGUUCUCCAGCAGGAAUUUGAGGCAAAUUCUCCCAGUUUGGGUUCAUUUGGGAUUUGGGGAAUUUUCAGGAAUUUUUGGGGAAUUUUCAGGAAUUUUUUGGGAUUUUUUGGGCUUUUUUUGAUGAUUUUUGGGCGUUUUUUGCGGAUUUUUCGGGGAUUUUUGGGUGCGUUUUCAGUCCAAUUUCACACGAGUGCAGCGACUUCUCCAGCAGGAAUUUGAGGCAAAUUCUCCCAGUUUUGGUUCAUUUGAGAUUUGGGGAAUUUUCAGGAAUUUUUUAGGAAUUUUUUGGGAUUUUUGGGGAAUUUUUGGGAAUUUUUCUGUCAUUUUUUGGGAAUUUUUGGUGCAAUUUUAGGCCCAAGUUCACGCGCUGCCACAGGAGAAGCGAAUUCCUUGGCUGUUGGCUGUUCCUGUCUUCCCAUGGCUGCACUCCUGUGUUUAUUUGUACAGUAAAUUAUGCACUUCAGAAACGGGAUUGGUUAAAGACUAAACCUCUCUCUGUGAGAAGAAACACUCAAGGUUGGGUUCUGAAGGUGGAGCUGAGGAAGGGCAUGUUGCUGAAAUUCCAUCCAAAUGGAAAGAGCCAGAAGAAAUUCAGCCUGGAAGUGAUACAAGGGGGUUCAGUCUCAUUUAUAGUACAGCAAGACUCCCCAAGGCUGGAGAAAAAUGCAAAGGAAUUCCCAUUUUCUGAUCCUCGUGUCAGGAUCUUUCCAACCAUUUAGCCCACAUUUGAAUAAUAAAUUGUCGGAAUUUGGGGUCUCGGAGGUAAAAACUUGGGAUGAGUUGUGCAUGAAGUCAAUCUCAGUGCAGGGAGACUCCAAAAGGUUGGAAAAUAAUGCAAAGAAUUCCCAUUUUAUGAUCCUGAUGUCAGGAUCCUUCCAACCAUUUAGCCAGCAUUUGAAUAAUAAUAAUAAUACUUUGUCUGUUAGGCAGAUUUUGUGGAUCCCUGAAGUAAAAAGUGAGGUUGUCUCAUGAGGUCAAUCUCAGUGCAGGGAGACUCUGAAAAAUUGGAAAAUAAUGCAAAGGAAUUCCCAUUGUAUGAUCCUGAUGUCAGGAUCUUUCCAACCAUUUAGGAGGCAUUUUAAUAAUAAUAAUACUACUAAUAAUAAUUUGUCUGUUGGGCAGAUUUGUGGGUCCCUUUGGUGAAAACUGGGGUUGUCUCCUGAAGUCAGUCUCAGUGCAGGGAGAUCCAAAAGGUUGGAGGAGAAAGGAAUUCCCAUGUUUUGAUCCUGAUGGCAGGAUCUCUCUGACCCUUUAGCCUUUGAACAAUAAUAAUUUGUGUGUUGGGCAGAUUUGGGGGUCCCUGAGGUAAAACCUCCGUGAGUUGGCCACGAGGUCGAUGUUGGUGCAGCAGGGAUGGGCUGUGAGGGUGUGGGGGUCCCACAGGAGCUACAGCACAACUCCCACGGGGUUCCCUAAAGGCUCCUUCCAACCAGGAGAGGAUGGAGUUGAUAACCAGAUUGAUAAAUGCCUAAAACAGAACUCAGAGCUCCCAGCUGUAGCUCCAUGAAGGUUUUUGUGGAAUUUGAGGAGCUCCCUUUGCAGUGACCGCGUGUGAUCGCUGGCCGGAGCUCUGGGGAGGGCCUGGGUGGAUUGGAAUUUUCCUUUGACUCUCCGUCUGCUGCGUGGAAUUCCUUCAAAAGGCCAAAUAGUGGGAUUGGAAGUGUCCUUCUGAUCUGUGUGUGCUUUUGGUCACUGUGUGACCUGGACUGUUCAUGUGUUCAGAAGGUCCCAGCUCAGCGUUGGAGCGUUCGCUUCCCGACGCCCUCACGCCGCCAUCCAUGGGUGCCAUGGGCUCCUGUGCCCAAAGCAAUCCCUCAAAGUGCUUGGCUGACCUGGGCCUUAAUGAAGAAUGCAUACUGUAAUUAGCAGUGUUUUUUAGGCUAUUUUUAUGUAUUUUUUUAAACUUUUAAAAUGAGCCUGACCAGCCCGUGUUCAGUCUUUUGGAAUGUUUGCGUUUCCCUCGUCCCAUUUUUUCAUGUAAAGUUACCGGAACUUUUCUGUAUAACCAAAAUGUAUUUAAUUUGUCAAAUCUUUAUAAUAUAUGUAUGUAUUAUACAGUUUCAGCUCUUAUUAUUUUCUUUUUUUACGUAUCUAAUUUGAUCCUGCUGUGUUUUUAAUGCCGGUGAAUGUGGCUGAAUUAUUUGUAUAUGCAAAUUGCAAGAUCUAAUACAUUCUGAUGCAAGAACAAAGCUUCCUUUUUAUUCUCCACCUGCAUUAUUUCCUUUAAAUCUUUUAAUUUCAUUCCUGUGUUGUGUGUUCAUUUGAACUAAGCAUUCUAAAAGAGUUGAAAUCCAUUAUCUAGAUAAGUAACUUUUCAGUGCUUAUCUGCAGCUGUUUGGGAGUAAAAUUCUGAUUUAUUUUGGGACUGAACAUUGUGCAUAUAAAGGGUGCAGAAACUCAUGGAAGCAGUUGGAAUCCAGGU